UGACUACUUGUUGAUUUCGUCCAUCAUGGUCGGCAGUGCGCGGCUGCAGGCGGUUGGCAUCGCGCUCGCCAAGCUCAAGGCUCAAUACGAGGACUUUUUCCUGCAGAACGCUGCUGCAGUCCAGCAAGCCGAGUCGCUCCUGCGCUCCCUCAGCUACUUUGUCCCAGCCAAGUUCAAGAGCGCAGACGAGCUCGGCGAGCUCCUCUAUGCGCUGGUCUCGCUGCUGGGGCUCCACAACGACGCCAUUCUGCGCCGUCGGCUUGUUUCAAGUCCAGAGUUUUACGCAUCGCAGAAGGUGCUGCGACGCUCGGCCGCCUACGAGCGCAUCGCGACAUGGCUCGGAGUCGUCAAGCAGGUGGAGACGUUCGUUGAGCUCGCAGCGCGCAGAACAGGUGGCGCCAAGCUGCGAUGGACGGUGAUUUGGGUGAUCGAGUUGGCAAAAUUUAUACUGCGCGCGGCAUUGUUGUUCCGGUCCAAGUGCGACUCGGGCUUGCUCGUCAAUCCGCCAUUGCCGCCAAUCCAACGAGAGAAAGCCACCGCGCUGUUGGCCAAGUUACAAGAGCAGCAGUCGGAUUCGGACGUGCAGGAGUCGGACGCAUCACCACCUGCGUCGGUGUUUUCCACGCCAAAGCGCGAGAUUGCACCGCCAUCCGUGGAUUCCAUCUUGUUCAAUGCGCGAUCCAUGCAUGAGCGUCGACAACAGCAGCCUGGAAAUCUUGCCUCCGAGGAAGCCCGAGAACGACUGCAACAAAAUCUCGUACCAGUGCCCGGCGCCCCGUAUGGCACAACCCCACGAUUUCAACGGCGACUCACCCGUCCGCCGUCACACGCAGAAGAGCUUCGUACACCUCUUUCGCGGCGGCAAAUGCAAGGCGAACUGCUCCACAUGGCCCGCCCGCUUGUAUUUUUACUUGUUGCGCGCUUUGCUGGCCACAAGAGCUGGUCCGCAUGGGGAUCUGCGCUCGCAACAGACAUUGCGAGUAAAAUUCUCUCGGGCGAUUCGCGCGAUAUGCACGAGGAAGAGCGAGGAGAACUCUCUCGUCGCUCCGGCCUGCUCGUGUACUAUUUGAUGCGUUCGCCAAUUUACGACCGAUUCACGAGAUCGAUCGUCAUCUCCGCCGUUAACAAGCUCGGCCGUCUCUUCCCGUUGCUGGGAGGCCUGACUGCUGAAUCGGUGACAGACUAUCUAGAGUUGUGGCAAGACACAUACUUUGAUAUCUGGGAAUCUUAAGUUCUGCAAAGUAAUAAUAAAACGGUAAAAUUCGAACACCGUGAAUCGAGCCGAUUCUUCAUUUCCUCCAAGGUUCAAUCGACUUGCUUGUUCGUUUCACACAAAAGUACUAUGCAAGUCCAUUUCUCU